AUGGCCAAUUUGCUACUCGCGCAACGCGACGGCGGACGUGUCGGUAAGCACUGGGCCGAAAAGUUCGUCAAGCGACAACCAAAACUCAAGACGCGUUUCAAUCGCGCAUAUGACUUCCAGAGAGCCCUCUGCGAAGAUCCAGAGCUUACUGGCGCGUGGUUCAAGCUUGUGCACAACAUGAGAGCGAAGUACGGCAUCCACGACUGCGACUUCUACAACUUCGACGAGACCGGCUUUAUGAUGGGCGUUAUCUGCGCGUCUAUGGUAGUGACACGCGCUGAUCGACGUGGAAGGGGCAAGGCAGUUCAGCCUGGCAAUAGGGAAUGGGCAACGGCGAUUGAGUGCAUCAAUGGCGAAGGGUGGUGCCUCCCGCCGUUUCUGAUCGUGCAAGGCAUGUACCGCCUCGCAAACUGGUACACGGAGAGCAACCUUCCGCUCGACUGGGCUAUCAAACCAACUUCCAAUGGGUGGACCGACAACGAGACCGGCGUAGAAUGGAUCAAACACUUUGAUAAGCACACAAAGUCUCGUACGAAGGGUGAGUAUCGGUUGAUUCUGCUUGAUGCGCAUGAGAGUCACAUGUCGGCCAAAUUCGAAGCCUUUUGCAAGCAGAACAACAUUGUCACCAUCAGCCUGCCGGCUCACUCAUCCCAUAUAACCUAG